CACGUGAUAAUCAGUACUGCUGAUCAUCAUUCGUUCAAAGACAGACAAUAUACAAAAUUGGCAAUUAUUAACUUUUUUUACACGCUUCAAGUCACGAAACAGCGGGGGGAAGUUAUAGUCAGUAGCGCGAUGUCAUGGGUUUACAUAGAUGUCGCAUAUGGCGAUUUGUUCUUAGUGUUGCCUUGUUUAUUGCUGUCGUUCAAAUAGUGACAACUCUUUAUUUUACAUCUUAUUUUAAUGGUGACGGUUCAAAUGAAUCGGCGAGGAUUAGCAGCGAUGUCAAGACGACUCCAUUUAGCGAUAUCUCUACAUCCAAGUCUGUGGAAACGACCGCUGUUUUUGACAUUCGCAAGAGCAAGGCUACAGAUUUAGUGUUGAAAAUUUUAAGCAAACAUAAAGAUUUUGAUUGCGUCUUGACACACAAAGAUGCACAGUCAGCAUUUUCUCGGGCAAAAAGUUCGGAAUGUCGUAAAAUCAUCCAUAAGACAGGAUGUAUACUUCAAAACCACAGACUAUACACUCACCAAACCUUAGAAAGAAGUUGUCCUCUCGAGAAAGGAAAGAGUGAUUUUCCCCGUGCAGUUACAGAUGGUGUUGCUAAAGGACCUCCUGCUCGAGUUGUCUUUCUUCUCUCUGUUCACGGGCGCGCAAUCCGUCAAGUGAAGAGACUUCUGAAGGCAAUUUACCACAAGAAUCAUUAUUAUUAUUUUCAUGUUGAUAAGCGGUCAAAUUAUUUAUAUCGAGAACUUGUGGAGAUAGCAGCCGAAUUGCCCAACGUAAUGGUUGCUCCAUGGCGAAUGGCGACUAUUUGGGGUGGAAGCAGUUUACUGCAGAUGUUACUGAAAGCGAUGGAAGAUAUGGUUCGUGACGAUUUGAAAUGGGACUUCCUUAUCAAUCUUAGUGAAUCAGAUUAUCCUAUAAAGUCUAACAAAUUUUUAACUGAAUUUUUGACCGCGCAUAAGGAUGAUAAUUUUUUGAAAUCUCACGGAAGGGAACCAGGAAGGUUCAUACACAAGCAGGGACUAGAUAGAACAUUCGUGGAAUGUGAUGAACACAUGUGGAGGAUUGGGGAUCGAUCAUUGCCGAGCAAACUCGAGAUAGACGGUGGCAGCGACUGGAUUGGUUUAAAUCGAAAAUUCGUUGAAUAUAUUGUGAAAUCUGAUGACAGACUUGUUGUUGAACUGAAGAAUAUGUACGCAUUUGCUCUUUUACCGGCCGAGUCAUUUUUUCACAGUUUACUGCGGAAUGGUCCGUUUUGUGAAACGUUCGUCAAGACAAACUUGCGCAUUACAAACUGGAAACGAAAACUAGGCUGUCGUUGUCAGUACAAACACAUCGUGGACUGGUGCGGGUGUUCGCCAAACGACUUUAAACCAGAGGAUAUGCCAAGGUUAAAGCAAUCUCAACACGAUUUAUUUGCAAGAAAGUUUGAGGCAAUUGUUAAUCAAAAAGUCAUCAAUUUGUUGGAGGAGCAUCUUUUUGGAGAAUUUCAUUCGGGCAUGCAGGCACUUGACACUUACUGGGAAAAUUCCCAUCAUCAUUUGGACGGCAAUAGACUUAGUGAUAUUUUACGUACGUAUUUCGCAUCGUUCAGUCGCUUAGCAACAAAAUACGUGAGCAACCGACACUGCCAGAACGCUCCUAUUGGUCAGUUCAAGGAAAUUACAUAUAUCAAAGUCGAUGACGAGUUCAGUGGAAUGUUGCUAUUGCAAGAUGUAUCGUUAAGGCAAGCAAGGAGUGUUACCAUGGAAACAUGGUUUUCUAGGGCUGAUAGAGAACAGAUGAUGAAUUUGAAUAUGGGUGAAGCUCCAAGCCGCUUGACUGGUUUACAGGUGGGUACAAGUUGGGAUGAGAAGGAACGUAUAUUUCGUAACUACGGUCGAUUGAUGGGUCCAUAUGAUGAUCCUGUGUUAGUUCAUUACUGGAAGAAGGGUAAAACAAUGAAAGUUAAGUUGAUGUGGAUAGACCCUGUUGCCAUAGUAACUGGUGUUUACGAAAUGCAAGUCGGUGAAGAUUGGAUUGUAUCUUUUCAUAAACCAACCUACGCUAAACCCUUGCGUCCGGGAAUGUGGUCUAUCAAAAUGAUAUACCGAGAGGAGGGGGGUAAGGACCUCGUUAUUGGUCAGACAAAUUUUCUUGUUUUACCGCUGGCCUAUAGCAACGGUGUUCCUGUAAAUGUUACUCAGGCGGUUGCCUACAAUAAUGGGCCGCCAUCCGGCAGGUAUACAUCACAGUAUAGUAUAGAGUUUGAUCGAGAAGCAAAGGACAUAGACAAUUUGGCAGAAAUUGCUUCGCAAAACUCUAAAAAGACUGGGGCAGAAUUGAACGAUUGGAUAGACACGCUGUUAAAAGAACAUUGGAGUGUGGAGGACGCAUGCGUGGUUGGUAGUGAGCUUCCUGUUUGUCAAGGAUUAGCGCAGUGCGAAGCGACUUUAUGGAGUUCAAGAUCGCCUGAUCCAAAGUCUGAAAUUGGCAAAGUUAACGUAAACGGUACCCUUAAGUAGAAGGACAAUUGUUGAGCUUGAGGUGUAUGACGGGAAACUGAGGAUCAAAGAAGGAAACUGGAAGUCUUCGGUGGAUAUUUCAAGGGAAGACAUAGUGCAGCUCGUGCUAGCGAUGAACUUUUUAUUUAAAAGCGGCCUUUGAAAACACGAUUGCAUUUGUAGAAGAUAUUUGGUAAAUUAGCUGUUAAUUAUCUAAGUAUGUUUGCAUUCGUGGUUUUUCCACGUUUGACCACAAUAAUUAUCGAAGAAAUAACGUAGCUGAUGACAUGGCGAUGAAUAGUACAUCCCCCACACAACGUGCCACCCACGUGUUGACGAAUGUUAGCGAAGACCACAUGGCAAUAUGAUGAUAGUCGAGUAUUUCAUAUACAUACAGGUUUUAUUACAUAAUACCCAUUGAAAUAUAUGGUUUUCUUGGGCUUUCAGUUAACUCGAUAUGAUUUUAUUUACAAUCAAUGAAUUCUUGUUAAACUAUCAUCAUAUUGUCUUUGUCAACUCUUCGCCUACGCUAUGUCAUCAAAAUCUCACCAAUGUGCAAAAUACACAUGCGCUUUAGUUAACUUUAUCGAAUUCGCCUUUUAUUUCUAGAAGUUUAUAGUUUUUUCAUGUUAAUUUAUCAAUGAAGUUUUCGUGACCGUGAAAUAAAAUAUUGAACAUGUCAUUUUUCAUAAA